GUUGAGUUAAUUUGCAGUGCCUUCCAUGUUCCAUGGGGCCUCUCUUUAUUUCCAAGCGAUUGUUUUUUAAGACGAGGUUGCCACUGAACAGGGGAGGGGCAAGAGAAAAUUGGCAUUUUAAAUCUAAACUAGAGGGCCUUACACAUCUGCGAAAGCUUUCCCAUCUCCUUUAGUCUGGGGCCUAAACUGGCCUCUUCCUUGGCACUGGGGCGCAUUGGGGAACUUGGACAGAAAACUAAAAGGAUCAAUCGAGAGAGAGAGAGAGAGAGAGAGAGAGAGAGAGAGAAAUAAUCAGUACGUAUUAGUAUCAUUACUUUUCCAGAGAGAGAGCUCUGCAAUUCUUUACAGGCAGAUUAUAUUUAGGAUGUGGGCGGGAGGAGGGAAGGAGGGGUGACCGUGAAAGGAAUGAGUUGUAGCAGAUGUUGGCAGCAAAAGAUAUUUUUUUGAAAGAAGAAGAAGGAAAGAUGAGUCGCUCAGCAAGCCAGUAAAGUUUGCCAUUAAAAUUGACACCAGGGGAUGUCCGUAGAAGCCAUGUCCAUCUGGGAUUGGCUGGGCCGCCGGAAGUGGUUCGGCGGACGCCUUUGCUAACAGAUAAGUCCAUUGCUAAGGACCUUUUCCCUCCAGCACUCCCUCUCUCCCGCACGCAGAGAGUGGGUCGCGACAGGCACCCCCUCGAGCUCUUCCCCCAACUUUCCUGCCAACCUUCCCCACGCCCUCAGCCUCUCACCCCAUUGGCAAUAACUCGGUCUGUGAGUUCCCCCUCGCCUUGUGGGGCAGGGGUUCCAUGGGGCGAGGAGAACGAUGAGCGGCCCCCAAUCCGGACUGCGCUUCCUGCCGCCCCCUUGCCACCAUCCAGGCUGGAGAGGCCACCAUCCCCAUCACCAUGAGUUCCGGGCGCCCAAGAUCCGCUCGUCCUGCUUGUUUGCGCCGAGGAGUAAGGACCAGGAGGAGCCCUCCUGCCUGGGCUUCGAGGCCGAGAAGUUCCCUCCGAGGAGGGACCCAACUUGCCCCUCCCGCCCCAGCAGCGACCCUCCCAGAUGCCUCCCCCUCCCGACCCGCUUCCCGCCGCCUUCACCUGCCCGGGAAUGGACUCCCGCCGCUCCGGAUGGGACCCUGCGCCCUGGAAGCCCUUCGCCCGCUUCUCCCACCGGUUUCGGGGAGACUAGACGAGACAACGGGGUGUCCACCUUGCUGAAACCGAACUAUGGCCCCCUGGAGAGAGACCCGGAGGAAGAGGAAGCCGAGGAGGAAGAGGACAGAGAAGAGAAACAGCCCUUCCAGAAGCCCUCCUCACUACAUCUCACCCAGAGCCAUCCAAUUGCGCCAGCCCCGGAAUUGAAGAUAGAUAAAAAUCUUGCCCAAGAAAACCGCUCGGUUCCAGAGGGACAGGGUGCCGGUGGGCGUCCUGUACAUGCUAGCUUAGAAGGUAACCCGGCAGCCAACUGGUUGCAUGCUCGCUCUUCCAGGAAGAAACGAUGCCCUUACACCAAGUACCAGACCUUGGAACUGGAGAAGGAGUUUCUGUUCAAUAUGUACCUCACCAGGGACCGUAGACACGAAGUGGCCAGGCUGCUCAACCUGAGCGAAAGACAAGUCAAAAUCUGGUUUCAGAACCGCAGGAUGAAGAUGAAGAAAAUGAACAAGGAACAAGGCAAAGAAUGAAGAUCUCCUUCCUGUCCUCCACUUCUCCCGCCCCACUCCCUCCCUUCCUCUCCUCUCCCCCAGUUUUGGCCCUGUCUCCAAACUAAUGUUAUAUUUAUGGACAAGGUUUCCCCAGCGGUGCUGGAAAGACAGCAAAACCAAGCCAGACCCGAAGUAGAGCUUCCUGGUCGAUAUGCCAGGAAUAUAUAAUGAUUGCACCUGCUUGUUUGCAUUUCGGUCUUCCCCUGGCCUUGAAGAGAUAAGGCUCGUUUGGGACACCUUUGGUUUAGGGGCAUUUUGAAAUAACUUAUAGCAAGCAGGUUGACAACAGCAUCAGCUUUGGAUGGCCCUCACAUGAAGCCACUCCACCACCAUAAACAAUUAAAUAUUUGUAAUUUUAAUUUAAACUGCCCCAUGCAAAAGACAGUGUUCCCCUUGGAACUUCAUUCUCUAAGCCAACUGCUCGUAAAUGGCCGCAAUGGAGGCUUCCAGGUGGAUUGUAACUCAAGCCUUUCCCCAGAUCACUUUCCUCUUCUUGAGAGAGAGGAGGAUCAUCAGGUGGAUUUGUAGAAGAUCCUUGGGGAAGUGUCCUACCAAAUUCUGGUUAAGGACCAGUCUUCCCAUUGCACAUUUAAUUCAUUCCCCUUCCUUGAGAUCAGUUUUCUCCACCUGUGUUGAACUACAGCCCCCAUAUUCCCCAGCCAAACGGGCCUUGGGUGAUUGCGUGUCCUGGGUAUUCCCUUUUCUAACUCUGUUCAUACACAUGCACCCUCAAUAGAGAAAUAGGGCAGAAUUUGUUGGGUAGAUCCAAUGGAAUUGUGCAGGAGAUAAUAUUCCCCAUCAGGCCUAAUAUUUUUGAUCCUUCCAAGUUGCCCUCAACUUGGAAAGAACAGAAGAUGAGUCAGAGAAGGUGGGCUAAAGAUUUUUGGUGUGUAUAAUAACGGGGGACACUCUGGCUUAGUUUAACUGCUUAGGAAGUUUGUGGCUAUUUGUAAUUUAUUCUGAAGUCAGAGAUUCAGAAAACCAUUCAAGUGCCAAGAGGAGCGGGUCUGGAGUGGGUUUUCCUUUCUUUCUUCAACCAAUUCAGUAAUACUUGAAUGUUCUUGGAAACUUUGUCCUCUACCCCUGGAGGACAAACCCCUCUUUCAUCUUCAUAUGAAAACGAAUUUUGAGGGGCAUUAAAAAGCCACGUUGGCUUUUUUGGGGAGGGGGGAGCUUUUUUAUUUUGAAUAUAAGGAAGUUACAUUUUCAUUGUUUACAUAAAUAAUUCUUAUUUCAUACUAAAAGGGGGGCGAGUUUCUCGUCUCUAAAACCUUGUCCCUUUAAAAUCACCCUAGAUGGGAUUUUAAGAAAAGGAGGGUAGAGGGGAGAAGGAAUCUAGCGGUACCUUUAAGUCGUAUCCAGUUUGAAACCCCUUAUCACAGUCUUAAAUGUAGUCAGCCUUAAAGGUGCCACUAGGGUCCUCCUUCCUCCCACCCCGACUUUCCUUUUUGCAUUGAAACAGACUGACACCGCUGUCUCUUUGAAAAGUUACAUGUGGUCCCCGUUCCUUUACAACUAUCUUCCCCCUCCUCUCUUUGGUGGGACUUGGGGAGGGACAAGUAGAGGUAGGUAAGUAACUUUAGUCCAAGGCGGUUAUAUAUGGCGUGUGAAGGUUUGAGGGUUUUUUGCCAUUUCUUUUUUAUAUAAGGGGGGAAAUGUGUUCGUGGCUGUGAUUUUGUGAACGUUCCGCUUGUUUUCUGUGGCUUUUAGGAGUAUAAAAUGGAGUCUGUACAUAUUAGUUUCAGAACUGGAGAGGGAUUUCCAUAGGCAAAGGCACUCACUCCCCUCUCUUCUGCAUCUUUCCAUUCGGAUUUAGAAAUAACGCCAAUCAGGUGGCAGAAAGGGUGACUAAACGAGGUGGGAAAUUUGACCAGGGGUUUUGGAGGGAGAGACAGAAUGAGGAGAGAAGACAUGAAUGUCUACCUUUCAGGAUCUUUCUAGACAAAAAACAGUCCCAGCAGAGAAAUCUAAUUUCAUAGAGUGUUGUAUAGAAUUUUUGAUACCAUUUUUGUCUGCUGACGAGAGCGAUUGUUCUUUAGACAUUUGAUAGGGAUAUUUUAAUCUUUCCAAGUAGCGUUGCCUGGUUUCUGAAAACUGGAAGAAAAGAAAUCUCUUUUAGGGAGGCUAGAUGAGUAUUUUUUAAAAAUCUGCAUUGAAAAAGGAAGGCAUUUGUGGGAUUUAAAAAAAUAAUUUCCUUCAAAACUCUUGAAACAUUCAAUUCCUAAAUAGUGGUGGGUUGGGUUUUUUUUUGGGAGGGGGGGGGUUUACAGCAGAAACUUUAUAAAAGGUGAAAGAUCAGCACAAACAACGGAUUUUAGCAAGUCUGGUCAUUUCAACUAGUCAGGUUUCACCUUCUCUUUUACAAAAAAAAAAUCAAAUUGAUAGUGAAAUUUCCAUGGAUAGAAACGGUCCAGUAAAAUAACAAAUUAAACAAUUUGAAGUCGUCUUGUUUUAAAUGAGAUUGUCAUUUGUGGGAUGUCUGUUAAACCUGGGCAGGUUUGGUAGUAUUAUGUGAUUUGUCUGUGUUUCAUUUCUGGCUGGUGCUUCAAAUGAAGCUAAAAAACCUAUGGUAAAAAACAAAACAAAAUGAAAUAAUCCAGAAACAUUUCCAGGGUUAAUAUUAUUAUUUUAUAAAGAGAACCAUCUCCAUGUAUGUAUUAGCAUAUUCACCCACUUUAGUCCUAGAUUCAUCUCUAGACCUUAUUAAUGAAAAAUAAGAUUAUUAUUUUGCAAAAAGAAAUGCUUUUUUUGGGCAACAGCAUGGGUUAAAUAUUAAAAGAAUCUAGCUGAUUUCGUUAAAGAAGCUUCUGUCUUGAGAGGGUUGAAAAAAACACUAUGGUUUCCUCUGUUCAGUAAGGUCCAAAUGUAUUUUCCACACUUGUUUUAAUGCCUCAGAAUAAAAAAUCGAUUUGAAGGGUGGGGAGGUGGGGAAGCUACCUAUAUCUCAUUGUGUUAUACUGCUACUUCUAGAACUUGAGAAAUAUUUGCAACUGUGUUUGAGUUUUUUUUCCUUCUGGCCUCUUUGCCAUGUAUUUGUAAAGAGCUGGCGUUUUUGUUUUGUUUUGCUAUUGUUUGGUCGAAGAAUUUUUUUCUUUGACAAAACGGUCACUUUAGGAAAGCUGAUAUGCAUUUGUUUCCAAUGUAUUCUCGUUUUCAUCCGUGUUCAACGGGCUGCAUCUCUAAAACAGAAAUAAAGGGGUUCUCUUUCUUUCCA